CGCUGGGGGUGCACCUAGGGCUAAAGGGCGGCGGGCCACCCCGCCACGGGGGACCCCGCAGCCUCAGGCCUGAAAGUUCCUGGUGGGCGCGGCUGAGCCUUCGCCCGGUGUACUGUUGGGCUGGGUCGGCGAACCCCGGGCGGGCUGUGCGUGGCGCCCCGGGCUGGGAAGGCCGAGGCCGCGGAGGGAGGACCUUGUUCCAGCCGGCGAGGCCAUGCGAGGACGCGGCCAGGACAGCCUGGCAGGGCUAGUGCUGUGCGCAGGGCUCUCGGGCCACCCCGGGAUGCUGCACCGCGCCAAGUACAGCCGCUUCCGCAACGAGCCAGCGCAGGCCGCCGAGGAGGGCCCGGCCGCAAGCAAGGGCGCCCCGCAGCCUCCGGGCCCCGCCCCGGAGCCCCCCGAGGACGCUGCCGCGCCCGCCCCGGACAGCCCCACCCCGCUGUGCACCCUGAUCCCGCGCCUGGCCAGCGUGAAGCUGGCCAACCCAACCGCUCUGCUCAGCCUGAAAAACUUUUGCCUGGGAACCAAAGAGGUGCCCCGGCUGACGCUGCAGGAGAGCCAGGACGCAGCAGCGCCCAGCAGCCCGGCCUCGCCCGGGACCAGAACCGGCGGCGCCCAGGACCCCGCUCCCGCCUUGCAGCCCCCAGAGUCCUGCCCGCUGCCCGGACCCGCGGCGCCGACCCCUGGGCGCAGGCGGGAGCGGCCGUGCCCGCAGGAGCACCUGUUGGGAACCGGCCUGAGCUACCGCGCGCGGUACAUGGGCUGCAUCGAAGUGCUCCAAUCAAUGAGGUCUCUGGAUUUUGGAAUGAGAACUCAAGUUACAAGGGAAGCAAUCAGCCGCCUGUGUGACGCUGUGCCCGGGGCCAGUGGAGCCGCUAGAAAGCGAAAGGCUCCUGUUAAGUUCCUCUCAUCAGUUCUUGGUAAAAAUAACCUUCAGUUUUCUGGAAUGAAUAUAAAGCUGACCAUCUCCACGUGCAGCCUCACACUGAUGAACCUAGACGACCAGCAGAUUAUUGCAAAUCAUCACAUGCAAUCUAUUUCAUUUGCUUCUGGAGGGGAUCCUGACACUACAGACUAUGUCGCCUACGUAGCGAAAGAUCCAGUUAAUCAACGAGCAUGCCACAUAUUGGAAUGCCGCAGCGGAACAGCCCAGGAUGUCAUAAGCACCAUUGGGCAGGCUUUUGAACUCCGAUUCAAACAGUACUUGAAAAAUCCUUCUUUGAAUGUUUCUUGUGAAAGCAAGGAGGUACAGAUGGACAGCCACACCCAGGAGGGAGAACAUCAUGAAUAUUACAAUGAGAUCCCAGGCAAGCAGCCACCGGCCGGCGGCAUGUCUGAUGCUCGGAUCAGAGCGCAGACCCCAGAGCAGAUGGCGGCGUACUGCCCCAUUCGCUGUGAGAAGCUGUGCUACUUACCCGGGAGCACCAAGUGCAGCAGUGUGUAUGAGAACUGUCUGGAGCAGAGCGGGGCAACAGGUGACGCCCUUGAGAGAGGGGCCCAGGCCCCGCGAGAUGCCGCUCCCAUGAAACCCUCCUGUGGCUUGGAUCUCUUUGAUGACCCCUGCUACAUCAACACGCAGGCGCUUCAGAGCGUGCUGGGCUCCGCUGGAAACCGAGGCUCACCCCAGCUCCUGGAGAGUCCAUGGCACCGGGGAAAGGCCCCGGAGACUGUCCAGCCAGGCGCCGCAGCCCCACCCGCCAGCUCUCAUUCUGUGCCGCACGUGAGGCAGCAGCUGUGGAGUGAGGGCUGCUACCACGGCCAGCUGAGCAGGAAGGCAGCCGAGCGCCUGCUGGUGAAGGACGGGGACUUUCUGGUUCGAGAAAGUGCAACAUCCCCUGGCCAGUAUGUACUGAGUGGACUCCAGGGCGGCCAGGCAAAACACCUUCUCCUGGUGGACCCCGAAGGCAAGGUGAGGACCAAGGAUCAUGUGUUUGACAGUGUCGGCCACCUCAUCAAAUACCACAUGGAUAACAGUUUGCCAAUCAUCUCUUCUGGAAGCGAGGUAACCCUUAAACAACCAGUGAGAAAAGAUAAUAAUCCUGGACUUUUGCACUCCAAGAAGUGACGGCGUUGGAGCCCCUUCCCAGUGCUAUUUCGAGGAGCUCUGUUUUAUCUGAGGGCAUAAAGAUAACUCCGGCUUCGUUCCUAGAUUCCGCAGAGCACGAAUUGUGAAGUGCAACUUUCAAAGACUCUAAUAACUAGAUCUUUUAUAAAGCAAAGAACUAACAAAAUGUCUUCAGAAAAUGCAAAUCAGAAAAAAAAAAGGAGGAGGGUUGAUCCAUUUGAAAAGAAACUACAUAUGCACGGAUGUCACUUUCUAAAGUCACACUGUAUUAAUAACAAGCUAAAAAGCACAAUUAAAAUUUCACAUGCUAAAGACAACCUGAACUGCUGGGGCAGUUGUACGUGCCUUUCACCUUGAUAACUUGGGGCAUUUUCCUAGGGGGGAGGUUAGCUCCAAGUGUCUUCACGUUCUAUAACUACAGAACCAUUUGCCAAAAAUGGAGUUCUUCCUUACUAAGAAAUCAAGCAGUUUACUUAUUAUACUUUCUGUUUAGUAGCAUUUUUGACUGCAAUGUUAAAAAUAAACAUGCCGCUGAAUUCAGACUGUCUCUGUGCCGGUGGAGGUGAAGCCACUGAAAGGAUAGGCUGCUUCAUGGCUCUGUCCACUUUUUGGUUAAAGGGCUGGAGCCCAUGCUCUUUGGCCUGAUGUCUCCGUCUCUGCUAUGUGGGCUGCUUGUACAGUCAGUGACAUCUGGAAGCGACCAGCUCUGCCAGCCAUUUCUGUGUUCAUCCUUUUCUCCCAGGCCCUUGCCACAAGGCCCCUGAGAACCUAGGUUUAUAGAAAAAUUCCAGACAAAAUCAGUGUUCUUACUCAGUAUCCAAACUGGAACUGUCCUAAUUGGAAGCACAAAAUAUAGUGGAAAGUGUGGGGAAUGUCUCUUUGGAUUGGCUGCCUCCAAAUCACAGUCUCAAUGUCUCCAUGUGACCUAGGACCUUUCCUAGCCAUGAUCAGACAAACUGCUGCAGAAGAGAGGGAACACACUGGAUGGGAGGGUGCUGGCGGGGUCUGCUGCAGGUGGGCCAGUGUGCAGACGAUAAGCACAGCAGGCACUGUGUGGGGAGAAGCGCUGUGCCGGGGCACAUCUCUGCGACCUUCAGCCAGCCACCAGGCCUCUCUGGGUUCCGGUUUUCUGGUCUAUAAAAUGAGAGAGCUGGAGCGGGUGAGCCCUGAGCUCCACUUCACUCUGGAGAUAGCCCGUGCCCGCCUACAAUACGCAAGCUUUUCAUUUGACGUCAGGACCGCUAAGCUGUCUGUACAUGAGCGUUUUUCUUUAGUCUGUGUUUAUACCGUAAGGAUAAAUGGCAUAAAGGACAUCAAAGCCUUUCAGAAACUAUGGAAUAAUACAGGUGUCCUGGCCACUGCAUGUGGAGAUAAGGCUAUGACUGCAGGGCAAGUUUUGUUUUGUUUGCACCUUUGUUUCGUCCUGAUAAAUGCCUAAACUCAUUUCAUUUGGUUACGCAGUGCAGCUAAUGUUUGUGAUUAUCGAUUUGUUUUGGAAUAGAAGUCAUCUAGGCACUGACACACCGAGCUCUACUAUUUUGUGGAAAGGCUUCAGAUUUUAUCUCUGGCUGCUGUUCAUAUUAGCUAGUUUUGCCUCCUUUCAUACAACUAGGAAAUAGUGCCUUUCUUACCUGUUUUCUAAUAACUUAGUUCUUGGUCACUUUAGCUCAUGAAGGGACUCAGCUAGGGUAGAGGUAAUAGAAAUGUGCGACAUUAACCUUCUGCAGCAGA